AUGGGGUCAUUCUCUUCUUCACUGCUCAGUGUGCCUCUGGGCCUUCUCGCCUUGUAUAUCAUCAAACAAUUCUUGACUCCAAAGACAUCAAGCCCCCCACUCCCUCCAGGCCCUAAACCGAAGCCCAUCAUCGGAAAUCUCCAGGACCUCCCUGCGUCGGGCCAACAGGACUGGGUGCACUGGGCUGGAUUCAAAGAUCGCUACGGACCCAUCAGUUCCAUCACCGUCUUCGGCCAAACAAUCGUCAUCCUCAAUGACUCGCGCGUCGCCUUCGACCUCCUGGAGAAACGCUCCAAUGUCUACUCCUCGCGGCCAUGGAUGACAUUUGCCGGUGAGAUGGUCGGCUGGAAGGACAUCCUCGCCAUGCAGCCAUACUCCAGUACCUUCCGCGCCUAUCGAAAAGCCAUGCACCGCGUCCUCGGGACCAAGAACACCGUGGCGCAGUUCAACGCGUUGCAGGACGUCGAGGUGUGGCGGUUCCUCUUCCGGGUACUCGAGAAGCAAGAUGAUAUUGUGCAGCAUAUUCGAACGGAAACCGGCGCCGUGAUCCUGCAGAUUGCGUACGGGUACAAGAUCAAUCCGCAUGGCCACGACCCGCUCGUCGCGCUGGCGAACGAGUCCAUCGACAAUUUCUCUGUUGCUGGGACGCCCGGGGCGUUCUUGGUUGAUACCAUUCCACUCUUAAAAUACAUACCCUCCUGGUUCCCCGGUGCCGGGUUCAAGCGCACAGCAGUCGCAUGGCGCAAGGGCCUGCUGACCACCAUCGAGAAGCCGUACCGGCUUGUCAGGCAGCAGAUGAAGACGGGUAAGUACCCGGACUCUUACUUGUCGAAUCUCCUCGAGGAGGCGCAGGAAAGUGGGAAGCCGCUCAGCGCCGAGGAGGAACAAGUCAUUAAAUGGACGGCUGGGUCGUUGUAUACUGGGGGUGUGGACACGACUGUUUCCGCGCUCUCGUGCUUCUUUCUUGCCGUCGCCCUCUAUCCGGACGUGCAGAGAAAGGCGCAAGAAGAGCUCGACAGUGUCAUUGGCACGAUAACGAGACUCCCCACCUUCGACGACCGUCCGAGCCUGCCAUAUAUUGACGCCAUUGUAAAAGAGAUCCUGCGGUGGCAUCCCGUCGCCCCCAUGGGUAUCCCGCAUGCCACGUCGCAGGAUGACGUCUACGAAGGAUAUCUCAUCCCCAAGGGGUCCUUGAUCAUGCCCAAUAUAUGGGGCUUUGGCCAUGACCCAGCAACCUACAAAGAUCCGCACCUCUUCAACCCAUCUCGCUUCCUCGGCGAGAACCCCGAACUAGACCCCCACGAUCUCACCUUCGGCUUCGGACGGCGCGUCUGCCCAGGUCGGCUUCUCGCCGAUUCGACGAUCUUCUUGACGGUUGCGCAGUCGUUAGCUGUCUUCGACUUUACGUCCAAGGCUGGCGAUGCGAGACCUGAAUUUCUGCCUGGCGUUGUCAGCCAUCCUGUUUCAUAUAAGCUUGAUAUUAAGCCGAGGAGUAAGAGGCAUGAGGAGUUGAUCAGGGCUGUCGAGGUGGAGUUUCCUUGGGAAGAGGGGGAUGCAAAAGAAGUGGAAGGGAUUGAGGUUGAUGUGUGA